AUGAGUUCCAGAGAGUACCCUUUUGUAGCAAAGAAAACGGGUCACAGAGAUCCGAGGAGGUUUCCGGGUCAUAAGGAGGUCUUGGAGUACUUGAAGGAUUACGCUCGCGAGUUCGGAAUCGGUGAGUUAGUUCGGUUAGAGACGGAAGUAAAUCGGGUUUGGCRAAGGGAAAAUGGGAAGUGGGAAGUGAGAUCAAGAAAGAGAGGUGGAGAAGAAGAAGAACAUACGGAUGAAGCUUUUGAUGCUGUGGUUGUUUGUAACGGGCAUUAUUCGGAUCCCCGAAUCGCACAUAUUCCAGGUAUUUCAAUUGGUCGAUCGUACACGUAUCAUUUUCCGUUUCUUGAUACCAAAGGCAUCGUGACCGUUGAUGACAAUAGGGUGGGGCCACUUUAUAAGCACGCCUUCCCGCCAUCAUUAGCCCCUUGGCUUUCCUUCGUUGGAUUGCCAUUCAAGGUUAUCUUCAGAUUUUUCCAUUGCCCCUGUUUGAAGUGGAUAGCAGGUAUAUUAUCAGGUCGAAUAUUGUUGCCUUCACCAGACGAGAUGACAAAGGAUAUCGAAGCAUUUUAUUCAUCGUUGCAAACAUCUGGCGUCCCAAAACGAUAUACCCAUAAUAUGACUGGCUAUCAGUUUGAUUACAACGAUUGGAUUGCGGCACAAUGUGGGUGCCGAAAAACCGAAGAAUGGAGAAAGAAAAUGUAUUCGGCAACAUUUUUGAACAGAAAAAUACGACCGGACAUUUAUCGGGAUGAAUGGGAAGAUGAGGAUUUAGUGUUGGAAGCUUGUCAAGAUUUUGCAAAGCAAAUUUCUUGUAAAGAUUUAUCUUUGCAACUACAGAAUAUCAACAUGUGA